UCAACAGUUGCUGACCUGCUGCUAAUCUAGCUAUUUCGUAAAGUUCCAGACUGAAUAGUGAAUUUGGCUCAGAACCACAAACCCACAACUUCAUGAUGGCUCCAGGAGUUGCCAUGAUGUCCAGGCUGUGCCGAGCACUUUCAUGCCUGCUCCUGCUGGGCCUCAGUUCCGCCUCUGAAGAAGAUACUGUGGUGGUCACAAGCAGCGGUCCCAUCCGAGGCAAAAGCCUCAUGACCGCUUCUGGCACGGUGACAGCUUUCUUGGGAAUCCCCUAUGCCGAACCUCCUGUGGGGAAGCUGCGUUUUCAGAUGCCCAGUCUCCACCAGCCUUGGAGCCACAUCCUGGAGGCCAUCAGCUUUGGUAAUUCCUGCUACCAAGAGAGUCUAGAGCCUUCCAGCUAUCAUGAAGAGCUAAACUUGGAAUCUACCUUGCCACUCUCUGAAGAUUGCCUGUUCCUCAAUGUCUGGGUGCCUUAUCCUCGACCCUCUGCACCAGCCCCUGUCCUUGUCUGGAUCCAUGGAGGUGGUUUUUUCAGUGGGUCUGGCUCCCUUGAUAGGAGCUUCCUAGCGGCCACUGAGAAUAUCAUUGUGGCUUCUAUGAACUAUCGGCUAGGUGCUCUGGGAUUCCUCUCACUACCACCAGAGGCUCCAGGGAAUGCUGGUUUGUGGGACCAACAUCUGGCAUUGAGCUGGCUGAGGGAGAACAUUGCUGUCUUUGGAGGAGAUCCAACCCACCUCACUCUAGGUGGUCAAAGUGCCGGGGCUGCAUCAGUUGGUUUCCACCUCCUUUCACCAAUGAGUCAGGAUCUCUUUGCUCAGGCCACUUUACAAAGUGGAGCUGCCAUUUCCCCCUGGGCUUGGGUGAGGUCUGAUGAAGCCAAGGUCAGAGGACGAACCCUGGGCCAGAUUGUGGGCUGUGCUGAGGGUGAUGACAGAACUGUGGUAAGCUGCCUGCAGGAGAAAGACCCAGGAGAGAUAGUGAAGAAGUUGCCUAUCCUAAGACAGAAGGCUUUGUUGGAUACGCCCUUUGUGCCAACGACAGAUGGGGAGUUCCUUCCAGAUGACCCUCGGAAACUUCUGGAAGCUGGGAGAUCCUUGGGCAAACCCAUCCUGACUGGCUUCACCCCCGAUGAAGGCUCCCUCUUCCUCUCCGAGAAUGCUCCUGGUUUCAGCCUAUACAGUGACAGCCUGAUUAACCGCAAGCAGCUUUUGGAGGGCCUCCAUUUGGUGGCCCCAGAGAUGCCUGAAAGUGCCAUUGAGGCCGCAGCAUUAAUUUACAGUCAGGAGGAGCAUGGGGAAGAGAGGUAUCGGAAUGCCUUGGUCAAAGCUUCUGGGGACUACCACUUCUUGUGCCCUGUGGCUGUAGUGGCCACCCAGAUGGCAGAAGCCGGAAGCCCAGUUUUUGCCUACUCCUUCAGUCACCGUCCCUCCUUUAUGUCCCCAGUCGCUGACUGGACUGGAGUGCCCCACUGUGCUGAGCUCCCCUAUAUGUUUGGCGACCCACUUUCUAUGCCAGGAGGCAACUUCACAUAUCCAGAGGCCGAGGUCAUACUGAGCCAAAGAGUUAUGAAGUAUUGGGGACAGUUUGUAAGGACUGGGUCUCCUGAUGGGGAAAAUGGCGGACAAUGGCCCAUCUACACAGGAGAGAGUUUUUUCCGUAUUAGCACAGAGCCAGCUCAGACCGAGGAGGUGUCUGCCACUUGUUACUGUGGCUUCUGGGAGUGGCUAGCCAUUGAAGAAUCUAGAGACUCAGACCUUAUGGCUUAAGGAAGAGAAUCUCUUGUUGGUGAAAUAUCUGAAAAUGAAGGAUGUGGAUUGCACUGAAUAAUACAUCUACCCCCAGCUCUCCUAGCCUGAAACUCAACUGCACAAUAUGGAUCCUGCAGUCCAGUUUUACUUUUUGUGGUGGAAGAGACAUCUUGAAGAUCUCAGUUUUCACGUAAAAACAAAAGCAAGAGACAGAGAGUGGGAGGAAGAGAGGGGUGUUUUCAGGCAUUUUUAAUAAUUAAGAAUGCCUUUAGAAUAUUAUUUCAGCCGUUGCACUAAAGCUGCCAUAGCCCUCAAGCAAAUAAAAGAGGCCAGCAAUCUUGACAAUGUUUGGAGUCUUGUGAUUUCUUUUCUAUUAUUAUUAUUAGUAGUAGUAGUAGUAAAAGAAAUAAAGAAGAAUAUAGAAAGGAAAAGAUACAAUAAAAUAUUAACAAAGAUAGGAAGAGUUAUCUUUCUAUAUAUCACCUUCAUUGUACAGCUUUCACCAUAUGCUGAAGAUGUACCUCUUUACUCUGACCUUUGACAGUUAAGGUAUUCUGUUUUUUGAGACCCUCCACCUUUACUGAAUUUAUAUUGAUUCUUCUGUUUUGGAAUGGUUUGAUGUGUUUUAUAAGUGUAAUGAUUUCAUCUGUGUUUUUAUAACUGUUUUCUGUUAUUGUAAGUUGCUCUUGGAACUUAUGGUGAAGGCAAGUAAGAAAUCAUAUAAAAUAAAUAAACAGGUAAUUGAUGCCAGGUGGCUGCCAUCUUAUAUCUCCCAAAAUAAAUUGCUUGACAUUGACAUUGAUCCUUCUAAUUUGCAAAAUACAAGAUGGAGGCCACUCACAUCCCAAAGCACUACUAGCAGCACUGCCAGGAGAGCACAUUUGGCGGGAGAAGUUGAGACACUGGCAGUUGCUGAGGGAUUCAAGUGUGACCAGCAGCAACAAUGCCAGGUUGUGGGGGAGCUGAGGGGGUGCAGCAGUAAGGACUUGAUAGGUGUGGAGUACAUGUCCUUGGACAAUAUGAAUUAAUUGAUUGGUUAGGAAGCAGGGCUUCCUGAAAUCCCAUAAAGAAGCAGCCAGUUGGCAUUGGUUCAUUGCCCUUCUAGGAUGUGCAAUGGAUAGCAAGACAAUAACAUUUAUAUGAAAAAUACCCAGGUCUCAUUUAAGGAUUGGAGAGGAUUUUGAUUCAGUGUGCAUUUAGAGGC